AAUGGCAGCGGCUCGCCCCGCUCCGGCUCGCACACGCCACUUCCCCGAGCGGGGCUGACUCAUCCCGGGCUCGGUCCCGUUCCGCGACACCCGCGCGCCGCUCCGGCCGUCCCGGAGCCCGGCCCGAGCCUCCGCCGGACCCCUCCCAGAGCCGGGCCGGCGCCGCUCCCCCCAUGGAGAACAACCGGGAGCCGCAGGAAGACCCCCAGGAACCCCCCGGCACCGCCCCACCCGCCGACGCGCCAGGGGCCGAGGAUGGCGCCGAGAGGGACAAGGCGGUGGGAGAAGGGGACGUGGACAAGGAGAAGGAGGACAAGGAGAAGGAGAAGGAGGAGGAGGAGGCUUUCCUCGUCAGCCUCUACAAGUUCAUGAAGGAGCGGCGCACGCCCAUCGAGAGGAUCCCGCACCUCGGCUUCAAGCAGAUUAACCUCUGGAAGAUCUACAAGGCCGUGGAAAAGCUGGGAGCCUACGAGCUGGUGACGGGCCGCCGGCUCUGGAAGAACGUCUACGACGAGCUCGGGGGCAGCCCCGGCAGCACCAGCGCGGCCACCUGCACCCGGCGCCACUACGAGAGGCUCGUCCUUCCCUACGUGCGGCACCUCAAGGGCGAGGAGGACAAACCGCUGCCCCCCAGCAAACCCCGCAGGCAGUACAAGGUCUCCAAGGACGACAAGAGCAAGAGGGGCAGGAAGGAGAAGGGCCGCGAGCAGGUGGCUCCGGACAAGGGGCAGCCGGAGGCGGCCGCGGGCGCGGAGGACGCGCGGGACGCGCCCGAGCGGGCCCGGGGGAAGGACGGACGCUGCAGCCCGGCCAGCCCGGGCCCCAGCCCCUCGGGGGGGUGUCCCAGCCCCUGCAGGACCCACAGCGAGACCUACAAGCGCCUCUUCUCCAGCUUCUACUCCAAAGGGAACCAUCCCAUCAUGUCCCCGCUGGCCAAGAAGAAGCUGCUGGCGCAGGUGAGCAAGGCCGAGUCCUUGCCCUGCCACAAACGCCACUGCCCCGAGGGCCGGCGGCCACCGAGCGACACCGGCCCCGCGCCGCCCCGGCCGGGCAGCGGCCCUCGCCCGGCGGAGCGGAGGAGCCCGGAGCCGCCGGGAGCUCCGGACAGAGCUCCGAGCGCGGGCAGCGAGGCGGGCCCGGCGCGCAGCGCGUCCCCGGCGGGCAGAGACAGCCCGGGCUGCCCGCGGGCCGAGGACGGGGCCCCGGCCCCCGCCGUCUUCACCGGCUACUUCCGCGCCUACCGCAGCGAGGGGCUGCAGCCCGGCGGGUGCCCCCCGCUCUGGGGGUACUUCUCCAACCUGAAGGAUUUUUGGGAGCCGCACUCCGCCUUCCCGGCGCGGCCCGAGGAGCCGGAGCAGCCGCAGGAGCUGCGGAGCACAGCGGGGCGGCCGUGGGAGGGCCGGGCCGCCGCUGUCCAGGCCUGCUGGGUGCCCCCCGGGGCCGCCUUCGGCCCCGCCGCGCCCCGGGCCGGCCACGGCCGCGACGAGCACGAGGAGGAGGAGGAUGAUGAUGAUGAUGAGGAGGAGGAGGAGGAGGACGAGGAGCCCUUCGGCCCCGCUGCCAGGUCCCGCGCCGUGUCCCCCCUGGCCAAGGAGGGCAGGGACAGGGGGACGCGCUCGCCGCGGGGCCACCAAGCGCUGGCCAAGCCCAGGGCCGUGGUGGCCGCUCCGGCCUUCGCGGCGCCGCUGCCGCCGGACGCUUUCAAGGGAGCCGCGCUGCACUUCCCAGGCGGCUUCGGGCUGAAGGCGCAGGGCGUGCCGGUGGCCCCGGCGCUCCCCGCUAGCCCCGUGGUGAUCCCGGCGUUCCCCAGCCCUUUGGUGGUGGGCUCGGAGCUGUGCCGGCCGCUGCCCGCCGGCGCCGGCCGCUUCCCCUACGGGAGCGCGCUGCAGCCGCGGCUGUUCCCGGCCCCGUGGCACGGCCCGGCCUUCCCGCACCGCGCCCGGCCCUAGCGCCGCCACCGGCACCGCCAGCCCGGCCCGCGGGCAGGGACAGCCCGGCCCGGCGGGCAGGGACAGAGGGACAGCCCGGCCCGCGGGCAGGGACAGAGGGACAGCCCGGCCCGCGGGCAGGGACAGAAGGACAGCCCGGCCCGCGGGCAGGGACAGAAGGACAGCCCGGCCCGCGGGCAGGGACAGAAGGACAGCCCGGCCCGCGGGCAGGGACAGCCCGGCCCACGGGCAGGGACAGCCCGGCCCGCGGGCAGGGACAGCCCGGCCCGCAGGCAGGGACAGCCCGGCCCGCGCCGUUCUCAUUCCGCUCUCGGAGCUCUUUGUACCCGGCGCUGUUCCGCAGAGGCUCCGCUGCCGGCGCCCCACGGUUCUCUAUAUUUUCUAUAUAUCCACACACAGAUCUAUAAAAGAGGGAGCAAAAG